UCGAAAAAUCGAUGAUAAGUUAUAUCUCUAUACAUAUCAUGGGUGUUGUUAUUUAAAUCAACAGUGCAUGUGCAUCAUUAGAAGUGAUCAGUACGAAUCAAAAUGACUAUCGACAAGUACUUUGCAUUGUUUCUACUGUUGAUCGGUUUUAUCUGCAGCCACGCUUAUGACAACGAGGAAUCGGAAAUAGACAAGGAAACGCUUCCUUCUCACCAUCAGUUGAUAGAAGCCAUGUUUAAUGAGUCAGUGAAAUUAACCGGUUAUGCUUUUGAUAGAGCUGGUGAAUUAUGUCAGAAGUUACUCGAUGAGGAGAUAUACAAAAAUGGACCGAGUGAGGCAUUCACAGAUCACGAAACGUUUCAGAAUAAUUGUGUUCAUCGGGUAGUGAGUCGUUUAGAUCCGACAGCGUAUCGUCGUGGGAAUCAUCCAGAUGAUAUACUGCUGCGCAAAUAUGGAUUUGACAAUGCUCUAAAAGUCAUGGAUCAGAAAUAUGCAGAAUUCUACGUGGAAAUUGUGCGGCGAAUUGACGCAUAUGUAAGGGGUUUGACCCGAGAGCAACGAAGAAAAAAGUCUGCACGAAAUUUGCGACGUUGGUCACGCAAAAUUAAGAAAGCGCCGACGUUGGCCAAGAAAGAAAUGGCUUUUGGCAAAUGUAUGCGAUUUUAUUAUUUUGAGGGAGGUGUUUAGUGUGCGAAUUUCCAAAAACAAAACACAUAAAAUAAAAAAAAAUAUAAUUUAGAAAUUAA